GCAGGCCGCUGCAAGGACAUCCACUCGCUGUCGGGUGAAGCCCUCGAGCUCGCCAACGCCGGCGGCGGCUGCUACCAGGCUACCGUCCAGGGCCGCAUGUGCCUCUCCUUCACCAAUAUCAACGACGCCGUCAAGGACUGCCUUGCCAAUGAGGCUGCCGCCCAAGAGAGCUAUCAUGGUGAUUGGUUCCUUUGGACUGCUGUUACUUGCGAGGCGGGGGGUGGGAAGGCCUAG